UGUUUCUUUUACCCCCAAACAAACCCAAACCAGACAAAACACCCCCCGACUGGUUUUUCUCCACCCGCUGCUGAUGUGGCACUAGUCAACGGCGGUUUUGACACCCCCUUGUCAGGUCUCUCUCUCUCUCUCUCUCCCUUGACCGGAGAGGAGAAGAGAACACAGGAGGUCAAGGAGCCAGUGAUCCGAGGGAGAUGAGCAGGGUGUGCGUCACCGGGGCCACCGGCUACAUCGCGCCCAGGCUCGUACUGAAGCUUCUACAGCGAGGCUGCGUCGUCCACGCCACCUUGAGAUCCCUUUGUAAGUUCACCUACUCUCUUGUCGACUCCUUGUGGCUGCAACCGGCGAUCAUAGGAUCAGUUGGUGAUGUGUGGCGUGGCAAUGAGAAGAAGACGGGGCUGCUGAGGUUGCUCCCCGGCGCGGCAGAGCGGCUGGUGCUGUUCGAGGCGGACAUCUACGACGCCGCCUCUUUCGAGCCGGCCAUCCAGGGCUGCGAGUUUGUCUUCCUCAUCGCCACCCCGCUGCUGCAGGACACCAGUAGCACAUCAGCUGCGAGUUCGUCUUCCUCGUCGCCGACGGCCUCCUCGGGCCGUCCUCUGAUACGUCUCCAACGUAUCCAUCCUCCCGCGUCGUCUGCCUCGGUUGGGCCCAGCAGGCGCUCGCGCUGCGGGAGCUUGGUGUGGCCGGGGCUGUCGCCGUCGCGAGGAGGCGCUCCCCACCGCUCGCCGUCGCCGGCGACGACCGUCGCCGGCGACGACCGUCGCCUGCCGUUCGAGUCCUCCUCCGUGCACUUCGUCUUUGCUGGCCACGCCCUCGACUCGUCCAAGCGCCCGUCCGACCUCGCCGGCGAGGCCGUGCAGAUCUUGAAGCUGGAGGGCCAUCUCGUCAUGCUCACCUCCAGCGUCGGCGACGCCUACAACCUCCGCUCGCUUCAAGCACUCUGCCCGUCCCUUCGGUUGGAGAGAAAAAGAGAGAGAAACCUGAUAAGGGGGCCCCACCCAGGUCAAAACCGCCGUUGA